AUGUUUUGGCACUUGCGCUCAGUCCUGCGGCCUUUGCCCAAAUGUCGCGUACCGUAUCGCCAAUUCACUUUCACACGACCCGGAAGACUGCCUGCAGCAGAACCCAAUGCACAGCAGGCACCAUGGAAUAUCUCCAUCCCAUCGUUCCGGCAGCAGCUGGGACGGCUGCGUGACGUUCCUUCGUUCGGAGACAAGGUGAAGCGGCCGGCCAUCGGAGGGCAGAUCAUUUUCUUUGUAGCCGGCUCUGUUCUGACAUUCGCUGUAGCCGCCAAUGUCACCAACAUCGAGACAUAUAUGUGGUCCAUCAGGCUGAUUGAGUCUGCGCCGGCGUGGAAGGAUAGGCCACCCACGAACGAUGAGAUGCGGAGAGCAAGGUACUAUGCCUUGGGGAAGCAACUGCAGCAGCGACUGGCGCUCAUGAAAGACGCAGUAGAGGAGUGGCCGCAGGCCUUCAAGGCUAUGUUGAUCUGGACCUACAUACAAUUUGCGCAGCCGGUUCUGGAUACUUCUGAAGUCCGAAGGUGGUGCUGGGGCAUUGGCGUGGUGAACGGGAUCAUAUACCUCGCGUGGCAGUUUCCACGGCUGCAGCCGCUCAUGCAGAGACGCUUUAUACACAAUCCACUGUCAGGGCUGUCGGGAACGAUGUUCACUAGCCUGCUCAGCCAUCGAAGCAUCCUUCAUCUCGCAGUUGACUCGAUGGCUUUGGCAGCGUUCGGCUCUGCCGCAUCUCAGUAUUUCUUUGAGCAGCAGGGCAGAGACCCGGAUAAUCUGCGAGAAGCGACGCCGAGAUGGCAUUUCCUCGCGUUCUGCACAAGUGCGGGCUUAUUCUCCAUCCUCGUUUCUCAUAUUGCCUACGCACGCCUAACCUAUCCCCGUCUUGUCUCCCGACUAAAGUCAACGGCCGGAUCAAGCACUGCAUCCGCAUCUAGCAGCUUCACACCACCACGUGGACGCAUCGCGUCGUUCUUCAGCAAGCAUACGAAAGAGGUACCCAUCGCCCUCGGCGCAUCUGGGGUUGUGUAUGCUGCCUUCACAGUCGUUACUCUCGCGUACCCGGAUACAGAUCUGGCGUUCAAGAUCCCGCCCACGUUUCCCAUUCCCAUAAGUUUUGCGCUGUGCGCUCUGCUCGCGUUCGAUUUCGCUGGUGUAAUAUAUGGAUGGAGGGUGUUCAACCAUUGGGCUCACCUGGGAGGUGCCGCUUUCGGUGCAUUAUACUAUGAGUACGGGCCGGAGAUCUGGGAGUUGUUCCGAGAGCUGAUGCUCGAUGACCUACCUCCUUCCUUGUGUAAUCUGGAUGAAGACGAGGGAGAUGAAGACCUGUUCCAAUGA